CAUGGCUCUGGACCCGGUGAGCGAGUGUCCGCGCUCCCGGCCCUCGUCGCUUUGUGUGGUGUCCCUGUGGGAAGAUACAGUGUCUGUAUGUGUGUAUCUGGGCCACUUUGAAGCCACUUUGGACCUCAUUUAGCAGCAGGACAAAGAUGUUACUUGGGGACGACUUUUUGUCCAACUGUAUAUCCAAGAGCCUCGGCAAUUUCACCAGGACCUUGGAAUAAGACUGUGGCCAGAACUGCAGCAUACUUUUUGCUGACUCCUAAACAUCUUUCCCCACAGCAGUGUUUAGUAGAGUAUAGAGGUGCUCAGCCUGAGUCUGAAGGGGACGAGCCCCCUGGUGGGGACAAAGCUUUGAAAUACAGAGUAAAGGACGCUGCUGGAGAGUUGCUGUCCCCGGGGGACGUGAUGACUGUGGUCGUCCCAAAGCCCCGACUCCUUCCUCUGCACAAACAAGAAAAUGUCCUGAGACUGGAUGCCCCCGUGAAGCAAGAAACCGUGCUGGGUGAGGAGCCCUUGGACCCUGAAGCUUCUCGUCAGAAUUUCAGGCAGUUCCAAUACACAGAAGUGACCGGGCCCCGUAAGGCCCUGAGCCAGCUCCGAGAACUCUGCCUGCAGUGGUUGAGGCCAGAGAUUCAUACAAAGCAGCAGAUCCUGGAGCUCUUAGUGCUGGAGCAGUUCCUGACCAUCCUGCCCCUGGAGAUCCGGGCUUGGGUGAAGUCCCAGCGUCCAGACAACAGUGAGGAGGUAGUGAACCUGGUGGACAACUUGACCCAUGUGCUUGAGCUAGGAGCUCAGCCUUCUGGAGGCUCAGGUCUUUCCCACCAAGGCACCACAGGAGAUGAAGAAAAGCCCAGUGUUCUCUUGCUCACCAGUUCUCAGGAUGGAUGGGGACAGAUGAACUCUUCACAGACAGACACAUAUGAGGAUACAAAGCAAGAAAAAUGUUGGAACCUCAUGUCAUUGGGAGUUCCAGUUCCCAAACCCGAUGUUAUCCCUGAGUUGGAUGGAGGGAAAGAACCACGGAUCCUGACUGUACAAGGAACGGAAGAGCCCCUGGGCCCAAGAGGCAGCUGUCCAGCCUGGGAGACUAGAACAGAGGUCACGGAGCCAGCUGCUCUGGAAGAUUCUUCUGAAGCAAUAACUCUCUCAGGGUCGGUAACCAAAAGGCCCAGAAGGAAUAUUGCCCCGAGUUCCACCUUAAGAGAAGUGGGUGAAAAUGAGGACAAGUUAGGGAGACAGAAGGUCAGCCCUGCUCGAGUGAGUCCCAGGAGGGCCUUGUUCCCGAGGAGUUUCAGGAAAAUGACAUUUUCCCCCAAGAUCACCUGUGGGGAGAGUGGCCACGAACUGGACGGAGCCUGGAGAGCCUUCAAUCCAGGCUCAAAGCUCGACCCCCAUCAGAGGGGCCCAGCAGGAGAGAGACACCGCACACUCGGUGCACGUGGGAAAAUCUUCAGGCAGUUUUCAGACCCAAUCAAGUGUAAGAGAAUUCGUGUAGGUCAGAAGGCUUAUAAAUGUAAGGAAUGCGGGAAAACCUUCAGUGACUGCUCGACCUGUAUCCGCCAUCAGAGGAUCCACACCGGAGAAAAGCCCUACAAAUGUAAGGAGUGCGGGGAAGCCUUUACUAGAAGCACAUCCCUUAUUGAGCACCAGAGGACUCACACUGGCGAGAAGCCCUAUGACUGUAACGAGUGUGAGAAAGCUUUCACGCGGCGCUCAUCCCUUAUUAAACACCAGAGGGUUCACACUGGUGAGAAGCCCUAUGAAUGUAGCGCAUGUGGGAAGGCUUUCAGUCAUGGCUCAGCCCUCAUCAUCCAUCAGAGGAUACACACUGGAGAGAAGCCCUAUAAGUGUAACCAGUGUAUCAAGGCCUUCAGUAACAGCUCAGCUCUCAUCAGGCACCAGCAGCAUCACAAUGUAUAGCACAGUCAUGGUCUUGCUGGGUCUGUUCUGGAUGCUGAUCCCGAUGCAUGUUCUAGACAGGAACAGUCACAUUGCUACUUCUGCCUUCAAGGACCCAUGGAGGCCAGGCCCAUGAUGGGCCUCCCCUCCCACAGAAAGGGAACAGGAAGCCCCUUUGCUGAUCUUUUGUGCCUGUCCUCUCAUCAGAUUUCUUGUGACCUACCUGCCCUCCAGAUCACCUGCUUUGGGGAUUUAUCAUCUCCUGGCUUGGGUUCCCUUCUGUCACUUAUGUUUGUAGGUGCCCUCUCCCUGAUGUUUGUGGUCCCUGUGCUCAUGGAGGAGGCUCUCAAGAAUAACCCCAACUCCAAAUCUGUUUGAAUCUCCUGAUUGACUAGUGUCUCCCUUCCUAUUUCUUCUAAACUUGGUCACUGCUAUUCCAUGUGUCCAGUGUCUCAAGCUUGGCCAUUUGUCUCACCAUCCUCUCCCUUGGCCAUUGCACCCAUUCUCGUGAAUUCAAUGAUCAUUCUCUUUGGGGGGGGGGGGAACGUGCAUGUGCACACAUCAUGGCAAUCUCUCCCCAACAUCUUGUCUUGCAUUUCUAGCUGCCUCCUGUACAACUCCACAUGAAUGACCCACCAAAGCCUCAAAAAGAUAUUUCCAAAACCCAAAUCAUCUCCCCCUAAAAACCUACCCUUUCAGAGCUCUCUUUCUGCUUAUAAUCCUACUGUCCUGCCAGCCUCACAGCUUUGAAAUCUUGAUGUCUACACUGCAUGGUGGAGAAAGUGCUGGUUUUGGAAUCCAGAAAGCCUGACUUCACGUCCUGCCUCUGAUUCUCACUAGCUAUGUGAUGGUGGACAAGUCAGCUAUAAAAGUUGAAAACCAUCCAAGGAACCAGUCUCUCAGGCAUGAUGAGAUAAUUAGGAUCAGGGGUUAAAACGUGGAAGUAGGCCAAGGAUUCUUGACCAUGGGGCCAUUCUUUUUGUUUUUUUAAUGUUUUGAUAAGUGUUCCAGUAUAAUUGGAUUUUAUUCAUUUUAAAACCUUAUUCAGAGGAGAAGGCCAAGUCUGGUCCGACCUUCACAAUUAAAGCUGAAGCAGCAGGUGCAGGGUAGUCAAGGUCUGUGUGUAACCAGUGGACAAGCUGGGCUGUCGUGUCUAGCUCUUGGCACAGAAUGUCCAAGUGGCCGUGGGCUCCAGGAAGUGGGCUCGUGCCCGUUUUAACUAAACGGAGCAAAAUCAAAUGCUUUCCUUUGUUCUUCACCUUCUUGUCCGCUGCAUUCAUGGAUCCUAGAGGCCUCAGCCAACCCCUUCAUUUGACAGAUGAGGAAACUGAGGCCCAGAGAUGUGAAGUCACUUACCUAGAGCCACACAGUAACAAGCAUUCAACCCCAAGUCCCUUUGACCCCAAAGCCAGUGGCUUCCCAGGGGAUGGCAAUGCCGCUCCUAUCCACUGUCCAUUCGUUUUUCAAUGCCAUGGUGAUGGAUAAGUUCCCUGAGCAUCCACCGCCAUCUCUUUAGACAAACCCCCUUUAUCUUCCUCAGAACUGUUUCUCUUUGUUUCUUCAAAACUUCGUUAUCGAGAGCUUCCCAUGCCUUCUAGGCAAACUGGUGUCAAAUUUGAGUCCUUGGGAUUCACCCGUUCUUUCUCUGAGCAGCCCUCUGAAUGUGUUCUGUCCCAAACAUGGGGUGAAUGGCAGCCUCUGUCCUUCCUCCUCACCCUGCCCCUUGUUGGUGAGGAUGGCGUCCAGAAUAGAAUUUCCCCUCAUUGCUCCCUCUGCCUUUCGAAGGAGGAAAUUGCCAAACGUCCAACGAACGUCUGCUCUGGAUUCAAGCAGAUAGACAUCCAGGGAACUGAAGUUGCCUGUCCCUGCUGAAGUGCCUCUGCGGCCUGUGAUCUGUACCCCAGCCUCCUCUGGGUUUUCCGUCUGUCCAGACCAACAGCCUUCACACAAAUGCGGUCCACCUUCCCUCCCCAUGCCCCAGAGUUCCUGGAUUACUUCCUUCCUGCACAGAGACUUUCUCUAACGUAAAAUGUAAGCCAGCCCCUGUAAUCUACCUUAUUCUUUUUUUUUUAUUAAGGCAUGGGUCUUCUCCCACGGAGUCUAGUGAUUCAACAUCCCGUGUGACUUCUUGCUAGGAUCUGUGGUUCAUCUUACUCAUUAGCAGUAGUUUGUCCAUAUGUGUCCACACAUCCAAGGCCUGGGGUUUGGUACAUGCUCCUUUCUGGGAUUUUUGUCUCUGAUGGACUUCCUUCUUGGUAUCUACCAAUACUGUUCCUUCUGGCUGGGUGAGUACACAGAGUCAGUUUUCCCACAUCUCUUUCCUUUUCAGUAUUAACGCCCUUGUGAGUGGAUUUGCAAGACUUUAGGCUAACGCAUUUUUGUCUUUACCUUUUUUAUUUUUUUUACCCUAAAGGUAAUGGACACUAAAAAAUGAGAACAUUUGCAGAGAAAAAGGAUGAUGUGUAAAAACAUGAAUCUGUUCCAUGUAGCUUACUUUUUUAAAGGGAUAUAAUAAAUUCAGCCUGUUCCUUCCAAGUUGUCCCACUUGUCUUCAUUUCCCUCUGAACUUCCUUCUCUUCUCUUCUGGGCAUUUUUUAACAGAUGCUUCAGUGACUCUUUUGGGUUUUUUUCUGUGGCCACCCUAUUGCUAGCUCCCUUUCCUCCCCUGAACCCCCCCACCCCCCAAAAUGAAAAGACAACAUAAUUCUUGUAACAAAUCAGCUUAGCUAAGCAAAUCAAAGCCACAUAUUUAGGCAGAUCUAUUCUUUGCAGCUCUUAUUAGCUGUACUCCAUCUCACUCCUAUGUCUGUAAAUCCAAAUCUUGUUCUCAGAUGCCAGCUGCCUAUUCAAUCCCCCAAUCUCCUUUUCUCUUCUGAAUGAAUGUCUCAGCUUUGAUAGAUAGCAGUGAUCAAAACACCACCUGUUACCCCUAAGACUAGCUAGAUGGCAUAGUGUUUAGAACACUGGGCCAGAGUUAGGAAGUCUUGAUCUGACUCAGACACUUAGUAGCUGUGUGAUUCUUAGCAAGUCACUUAAUCUCUGUUUGCCUCAGUUU